CGGGCUGGGUGGGGGGGAGGGACGGGGGAAUCCAGGCGCUAGCAGAGGAGCCCUGAGCCAUCCCGACUGGUUUCAAUAAUAAAUAAUAAUAAAAAAAACAACAACCAAAAGGACUUAACGCUGUUAUGGGAGACAAGAAGAGUCCCACCAGACCCAAAAGGCAGCCAAAGCCUUCCACAGACGAGGGAUACUGGGACUGUAGCGUCUGUACGUUUAGGAACAGCGCAGAGGCUUUCAAAUGCAGUAUGUGUGAUGUCAGGAAAGGCACAUCAACACGCAGUGCAGUUACAGUACAACAAAGUGGCGUGCGAGACCAUUUCAGAGGGUAGACCGAGUUUUGGCAGGACAGCAAAACAACCAGGAUGUUCCAGCCCAUCCCAAGGAAAGCCUCCGGUCAGCGUCACCUCUUCGAAAAGCCACCCAGGACGACCGACAAGAUCCAACCCAAGCAGCAUGAAGCCUCGCCCAGUGUCUCAGUUGGUUGCCCAGCAAGUAACCCAACAAUUUGCAUCACCAACGCAACCAAAGAAAGAGAAAAAAGACAAGGGGGAGAAGGAGAAAACUGAGAAAGAAGUUGUCAGUAAAAAGAAAAGUCACAAGAAAAUAAGGCCAAGGUUAAAAAACGUGGACCGGAGCAGCGCGCAGCAUUUGGAAGUGACUGUGGGCGAUCUGACAGUCAUUAUCACAGACUUUAAAGAGAAAGUGAGGUCAGCACCAGCAGCCACUGCUACCUCCAGCACCACCGGCGAGCAGCACAGCCUGAGCAGCUCCAGCUCUGACAACACAGAGAAAGGCUUGUCUCGGUCGUCAUCACCCAGGGCGGACGGAUCAGUAAACGGCGAAUCCCACUAAAGUGCCGGCUGACCCGCCUUUACUCACUCCUGUGCUCGAUGGUUCAGUGGACAGCAUCUCAACAAAUUCAGUCCUGGGCACUCAGCAGGGCUGCUGCCUUCACUUUAGUUGUCAGUGCUUUUUAAUACUUCCGUACCAAUCUGGAACUCCUGCACUGUGGCAUGUUUUUGAGUGUAAUUUUCUAUUACUUAGAUCGGCCUGCCUAUGUGAUGUGUUUGAGGACUGAAUUGUGAAACAGCUGGCACUCGGCAUUCAGCCGUUCCUGAAGUCGAUUGGCAGUCAACUGCUGCAGCAACAAAAUAUCUGAAAAUGGUUUGCCUGGUUAAGUGCACCUGCUGGUACGGUGUGAUUAAAUAGGAAAAGCAUUCUCAAAACAUUUAUAUAAAUUCUUGCCAACAUUUUGUUUUUCAACACUUGUUAUUUGGAUGGGGGGAAAAAAUAAAUCACGUAGCCAUUUAAAUCAUGGCAUUAUAAAUGCCCACUGUCACUCAUUUCAGUCAGUUCAAGUUUUACUAUGUAGUGUUGGGCUAAUUGACCAGGGUUGACUGAGGAUACAGUCCAUGCUACUUAGCUGCAGCCACUCGAGUUAAAGGAUCGAGUUGCUGUAACAUUGAAGAGAGUGGUCAUUUUUGCACCGUGUCUCAUUGGGAAGGAGCACAGUUGUGUAUUACAUGCAUUUCCCCCUCAGUUGGGUGCUCCCUGUCUUACACAAAAGGCAAAAAAAAAAAAAACACAAGGAAAAUGCUAAUAAUUAGAUGCUUAGUAUGUCUAAAAGUAGUUUUAUGAAAUGUGUGGGAAUAGUUUAUGAUGAUGUUGCCAGUUCUGAAAACUUUAAUUAAGGUGUUUUGCUGAUGUUUUGAAUUUGCGACAGUAUUUAUACGUAUUGUUGUAAUAAAAAAAAAUAUGCAAGAUUA